AUGGCCAACCCGAAGAUGAGACUGAUGUAUAUUUGCAUCCUGGUUGUGGGGGCCCUUUGUUUGUAUGUCAGCAUGUCCAGCCUGAAUCCUUUUAAAGAACAGCCCUUUGUUUUCAAGAAAGAGUACGGGAACUUCCUCCAGCUCCCAGAUAUGGACUGCAGGCAGAACGCCCCCUUCCUCGUCCUGCUGGUGACUUCGUCCCACAAGCAGCUGGAUGCCCGCACGGCCAUCCGCCAGACGUGGGGGAGAGAGAGGACGGUGAACGGAAAACCAGUGAAGGCACUCUUCCUCCUGGGGACAACAGCCAGCGAGGCCGACACGAGGGCGGUGGCCGAGGAGAGCCAGCGCCACCGGGAUAUCAUCCAGAAGGACUUCGUGGACGUCUAUUACAACCUGACCCUGAAGACCAUGAUGGGCAUGGAAUGGGUCCAUCACUUCUGUCCCCAGGCCACGUUUGUCAUGAAGACAGACUCCGACAUGUUCAUAAACGUCAACUAUCUGACCGAGCUGCUCCUGAAGAAGAACAGAACCAGCAGGUUUUUCACCGGCUACUUAAAACUGAACGAGUUGCCGAUUCGGAAUAGCUUCAAUAAGUGGUUUGUCAGUAAAUACGAAUAUCCGUGGGAAAAGUACCCGCCGUUUUGCUCGGGCACCGGCUACGUCUUCUCCGGGGACGUGGCGAGCCAGGUGUUCAACGUCUCGGAGAGCGUCCCGUUCCUCAAACUGGAGGACGUGUUCGUGGGGCUCUGCCUGGCGAAGCUGCGCAUCAGCCUGCAGGAGCUGCACUCGGAGCAGACCUUCUUUCCCGGGGGCUUGCGCUUCUCCGCCUGCCGCUUUAGGAAGAUCGUGGCCUGCCACCAUAUCAAGCCUGAAGAUCUUGUGAACUACUGGCAGGCCGUGGAAAGCUCCCAGGAGGGGGACUGUCCGGCUGAGUGA